AUGACAAUGAUGAAUAGGUCGCCCUACGUCUCUCUCUUGUCCAAAGCCCUUGCCUUCGUCCCUUGCUGUCGUCCGGCCAAUGCUGCCCUUUUUCUCGCAACCCAUUCUUAUUCCGCCGCCUCCGGUGCUCCAGAGAGCAGCCUUAUGGCUGAAUACCUGGUCAGCUCCUGUGGCUUCCAUCCUGAUCAGGCGGCCAAAGCCUCGAAGCUCCUUGGCCGCGUCGAAUCCCGCCACCAGCCUGACUCCGUCCUUGGCUUAUUUAAAAGCUACGGUUUUGACAACACCCAGGUGAAAAAGGUCAUAUCUGCAAACCCCCGGUGGCUUCUCCUCGACGUGGAGAAGACCCUGGCCCCAAAGUUCCGAGCUUUGCAGGAUCUGGGCUUCUCCUGCUCCGACAUCACCCACCUCGUCAGAUCGAAUAACGACGUCAUCAGCGACAAAUCUCAGACCAUCUUGUCCAAUAUCCAAUUAUGGCAAGGCCUCCUCGGGUCCAACGACUUACUGAUGAAGAUAUGCAAGAGAAACAGGUGGUUUCUCAGGUAUAGCAUCGAGAAGAGGAUCCAGCCUAACAUUGAAAUUCUAAGGGAUUGCGGGAUGACGGAUCAGAAGCUCCCAAUGAUCCUAAGGCAAUAUCCCCUCCUCAUAACCCGGAAUUCUGAAACCCUGAAGGCGUUAAUCAGUCGUGUCGAGGGUUUGGGAGUAGCUCGCACCUCGGGGAUGUUCCUCGUGAUCCUGAGUGUGCUCCAGAGCGUCUCCGAGAAGAACUUCAAGGCUCACUUGGAGUUCUUCAAGGGCUUCGGGUGGUCCGAGGAUGAUUUCCUUGCUGCAUUCAGAAAGGCUCCUACGUUUGUGCGAUUUUCUUUAAAGUGUUUGCAGAGGAAGAUGGAGUUCUUGGUAAAUGAAGCUGGAUGUGCUCCAUCUUAUCUUGCACUUCGGCCAGAUUUUUUGUUGAUGAGUUUGGAGAAAAAGUUGAUGCCAAGGCAUCGGAUUGUGACAGGCCUGAAGUCUAGGGGAGUUUGCAUCAGUAACCUUAGUAUAUUGACAUACAUGAAAUAUACAGAGAAACAAUUUCUGGAGAAGUUCGUCAACUGCUACAAGGAGUAUCCAGAACUCAUUGAGUUGUAUAAUGGAGUCCCCCAAAAACAGAACUGCAUUUGA